AUGCUCGAGACACUCUGGACAUGCAACGAGGAGUCUAAGAUGAAAGCCCUGGUGCUCAUGUGGGAAUGGUGGGGUGUGCGAAACAAGGCUAACGCUGGGGAGAUGGUCAGAAGUGCUGCUGAGGUUUGCCACAGCGUGGAGCGACACAUGAUGGACUUCCAGUCCAUCCGUCCUCCUCGAAAACCGCCUAAACCCCCUAAUAUCCUAAAGUGGGAGAAGCCCAAGGAGAACAUGGUGAAAGUAAACUUCGAUGGGGCUUUCAACAAGGUUAGUGGCACUGGUGGCUGGGGUUUUAUUAUCCGGAAUCAUCGCGGCGAGUUUGUGGCAGCAGGAGCGGGGAAGGUUGGUUUUCUCCGAGAUCCCCUGCACGCCGAGACCAUCGCUUGCCUUGCAGCUGUUGACGGAGCCACAAACCUGGGAGCUGAUCGCAUUACUUUUGAAUCAGACUCUCUAAACCUGGUACAGGCCCUCAGAAGCAAUGGCUACAAUCGUUCUGCCAUUGGUACCCUGGUGAUGGAGGCGAGAAGGAAGUGUAUGGCAAAUUUCAAAUCUUUCGACUUUUCCUUUUGCCGCCGGGCUUGUAAUUCUGCAGCUCAUGAGCUUGCACAGUAUGGUGUAAAGUCAGAGAUGUCUGACUACUUUUGGGUGGACUCUGCCCCCAAUUGUGUAACAAACUUUGUUGCCAGCGAUUUGGCUGAGCCAGUUGAGUAA